CAAUUUAAAGAAAUUGAUACCUGAACCUGAGUGGCCUUACUCAAACAGUUUGAAUUUAUGAUGGUCGAGAGUAAAGUCGUUGGAUUGGAUGAUUUUGAAACGAUUUGUAGAAUUUGUUUAAAUAAAAAAGAAAAUAUGUCUUUAAUUUUUGAAAAUUCAUUGCUUCCAAAUUUAAUAAAAACAUACAGAGAAAUGUUAGAGGAAUGUGCUUCAGUACAUAUAUUGACUGAUGAUUCGUUACCUAAAAAGAUCUGCUUUGAAUGUAUAAAAGAUUUAGAACAAUCUUAUAAAUUUAAAAUCCAAUAUUUAUCAACUGAAAAAUUAUUAGAACAAAUAAUUGCAAACGCACAACCAAAUAUAAAAGUAGAAGAAUUAGCUAAAGAUCUAAAUAAAGAGUUAAAUUACAAAUGUGAAGAAUGUGGAAUUGGUUUUCAAUUCAAAGCAGAAUUUUAUAAACAUCAGAAAUUAGUUCAUUCGAAUAUUUUAAAAUUUCAAUGUAAAAUAUGUAAGAAAGUUUUUGGAUGUAAGGGUAAUUUAAGAGAUCAUUUACUUGAACAUGCAACAUGUAAAAUAUGUGGUAAAAGUUUUAAAAGUGUACGAUUAUGUAAUUAUCAUUUAAAGAUACAUGGAGAUAAACGUCAUUUAUGCACUUAUUGUGGGAAGUCAUUUACAGAUAAGGGGAAUUAUAAUGUUCAUUUACGAACUCAUACGGGAGAGAAAAAAUAUCAAUGCACUCAAUGUGGUAAGCGUAUUCCUUCCAGACGUAUUUUAAUAUUAUCCGUAUUAUGCAAAAUAUUUCUUGCUUUACCUUUAGAUGCGAAAUUUAUUAACAGUGAUGGUUUACGAAAACAUUCGGUAUCACAUUCAGACGAACGAAAAUUCCAAUGCGAAAUAUGUAAAAAAACUUAUAAACGUCAAGAAACGUUAAUAAGUCAUCGACAUAUACAUCGAGAAGGCGUUAGUUAUUCUUGUGAUAUUUGUAAUAAACAAUUUAAAAGGAAGGAUACUUUACGUGACCAUAAAAAAAUUCACACAGGAGAACGGAAUUAUAUUUGCACAUACUGUAACAAAGCAUUUAUGAAAACAGACAAUUUGAAAAUGCAUCUACGAACUCAUACCGGAGAAAAACCUUUUACUUGUAGUAAAUGUGGAAAACGGUUUAGUCAAAAACAUGUCCUGAAUAGUCAUAUGAAAACACAUUUUGAAUUACCUGAAUAA